UGGAGUUACUGCUUCACAAAGCUCAACAAUGAGUUCUUUGGUUGUAUCACAUGCUGUUGAUAACAAUUACAGUCAGUCUUUCCCAAGCUGUUCGCAUACCGCUAAGAACAGGAACGUGGCUUGGCUUCAAUUAAAUCUUGGAAAAAUUUACAGUCUAAAAUCAGUCAAAAUAUACACCAGGAAUGAAGCUAACUGGCCUCCAUACCGUUUUCGCCAGUUUUACUUAGACGUAUCAAAUUCAUCGGCACAAAACUCAACACAGCGAGUGCGAUGUUACACAGAUAACUCAACCCUAGCCACGCCCUCUCCCGUGAUUGACAUCCCUUGUAAACAGACGGCGAGAUACGUCAUUGUAGAGACUAAAUACAAAGCACCAGAAGAUACAGAUUCUACAGGACCUAUCUUAGAGAUAUGUGAAAUUGAAGUGAUUGAUAUCCAGUGCAGCAUUACUUGCACUAGGGGACUAUGUGACGACAGUGGGCUAUGUGUCCAAGGAUGUAUCAGUGGUUACUGGGGAAGCAACUGUAUGAACCGUUGUCCAGUAAAUUGUUUUGAUAACAACUGCCACAAUAAUGGUUCCUGUAUUGGCUGCUCAAGUGGUUCUUAUGGAGAUUAUUGUACCAAGAAAUGUAACAACAGAUGCAAUUCAAAAGUAUGCAACCAAAAUACGGGAGAUUGUGCUGAUACCUGUGUUGUUGGAUAUUAUGGAUCAAAAUGUGAAUCUCCUUGCAGCACCAACUGUUCCUCUGAAUCCUGCAGAAAAGAUGACGGGGCAUGUUUAAAUGGGUGUAAAAAUAGUUUCUUCGGUUCUCGAUGCGAACACUUGUGUAAUCAACAGUGUACAAAUACAUCAUGUGAUGUUUUCAGUGGACACUGUGUUGGAGGUUGCAAUGAAGGAUUUUAUGGGGCAUUUUGCAACCUGACCUGUAGUUCUACGUGUGCGACUUCUAAAUGUAAUCAGUUGGAUGGCGUGUGCAACGACGGGUGCUUACCACACUGGAGUGGAAAAACUUGUGAAGCUAAUCAGCAAUUAUUUGAGAACAACACGAAGACUGAAGUGUAUUCGGCUUUGUAUGUUGUGGUAGCGAUUCUGUUAAUAAGUAUUUUUCUCAACAUAUUUCUCAUUGUAAGGAAUGCUCGAAAAAACAUUAAUAAAAGACAGAAGACAGAACAUUUAAAAGAAACUUGCCAUGUUGAUCAAAACAAAGACGCAAACAAAGCAGUUUAUGACAGUGUAGAAGAUAACGCAGGCUACCACGAACUAGGUGAACUAAGUCAACCCUCUAAUUAUGAUCAACUCAAGUGA